AUGCAUCUCGUCCUCUCCCGAAUCGAGCCUCAAGACCUCGACGCCAUCGUCCCCCUCAUGUUCGCGGCCUUCCACAAAGUCGACCUCUGCCACGUCUUCUGGGGCCGACCAUCACCCGCAUCCUACGCCUACGCCAAACGCAAACUUCUCGAGGGUCUGCAAAACGACCCGGCCGAUGUCUUUCUCAAGAUUGAAGAUCUCGAUGCCCCCCAAGUCGACGUUGAUGUUCUUGAUGACAAAGGAAACGUCUUGCGAACGGAAGAGAGGAACAGGAUUGUCUGUGCGAGUAAUUGGAAAAUAUAUCCUACCUAUGUGACUCCGAGGGAGUUGGAGGAGCAGGAGCAGAAAAACGCCAAAGCUGGCGCGGGUUCCGAAUCUGCGGAGCGAAAAGAGGCUGAAGCCGCGGCAUUUUCAUAUCUCGAGACCGAACAGGAACGCAUCGAUGCUGCAGUUCUGGUCGAAGAUUUUCUCAGUCGCCGACGCCGCGAGUGUCGCGAGGGCCAUGUCCUGUGUUUCAUUUUGUUUACUGUCCAGGAAUACCAGGGCAAAGGAUGCGGGAGGAUGAUGAUGCAAUGGGGGAAUGAUGUUGCGGAUUCGCUCAUGUUGCCUUGUUGGAUUGAGGCGAGUCCUGAAGGUGAACCGCUAUACAAAAAAAUGGGAUACGAGGGACGUGAAAGGGUCAGGAUCGAGACGGCGAGCUUUGUCAGUGAGUAUUUGCACAUGCGGAGGCCGGCGAUGGUGGAUCGUGUGAGACUUGGUGAGGAUGGGAGGACGCUGGUUAGGGAGAAGGUGGAUCGGGAGACGGAUGACCUCGAUGGAUAG